AUGUCCUCCACUCGUUUCAGUGAGCAGAUCCGCUCUCUCUCUAACCACGACCCAGACUGUUGGUGGACUCAGACUGGCUGCACGACUCCCAAGGCUAGUGGUCUGAGCAAUGAUAUUUCGUCCUACCCGGAACCUAAUACGUGGGGUCUGACGUUUGAUGAUGGCCCCGAGUGUGGGCAUAAUGAAUUCUACAACUAUGUGCAGCAGCAGGACCUGAAGGCGACCGUGUUUUACAUUGGAAGCAACGUGAUGAACAAUCCUCUUCAAGCACAGCGUGGUCUAGCCGAUGGACACGACAUUUGUGUGCAUACGUGA